GCCACUACCUUCGAACCAGCACUUAUAAAAAGAGGAUCGGUGCGGGUAAUUGGCAAUCAUUAUCACCAUCACAAAGCAUCAUCACAUAACACACACAAACAGAAAAAAAUGGCGAACCUCUCCAGUAUUCACAUUCUUCUCUUCUUCAUGCUCAUCACAAAUGGCAUUGUUGUUUCCGCCACCGUCUUCACUUUACAGAACAGUUGUCCUUACACCGUCUGGCCUGGAAUCCUCUCCGGCAACAGCAACACCCUCGGCGACGGCGGUUUUCCCCUCACUCCCGGCGCUUCCCAGCAGCUAACCGCUCCUCCGGGAUGGUCAGGCCGGUUCUGGGCUCGUACCGGCUGCAACUUCGACUCCUCCGGACACGGCAACUGCGUCACCGGAGACUGCGGCGGCGUUCUCAAAUGCAUCGGCGGCGGAGUUCCUCCAACCACUCUGGCCGAGUUCACCGUCGGAUCAGGCGUCUCCGGCAAGGACUUCUACGACGUGAGUCUCGUCGACGGUUACAACGUCGAGAUGGGGAUCAAACCGCAAGGAGGCUCCGGCGACUGCAAAUACGCAGGCUGCGUCGCCGACGUCAACAGUGUUUGCCCUAACGAGCUUCGGAUCGUGGAUCCGCGUACGGGAAUCAUCGCGGCGUGUAAGAGCGCUUGCGCGGCGUUUAAUUCGCCGGAGUUCUGUUGUACGGGUGCUCACUCGACGCCGCAAACUUGUUCUCCGACGCAUUACUCGGCCAUGUUUAAGAACGCUUGUCCUAGCGCUUACAGUUACGCCUAUGACGAUGCGACAAGUACUUUCACUUGUUCCGGGGCUAACUACUUGAUCACUUUCUGCCCUACCCGGUCUUGAACCGGAUAUUCGAUUUAGAUUCCGGUUGGGUUUGUCUUUUGUUUGUUAUGCACGGAAUGUUUUAUGACUUUGUACAUCUUCUUCUUAUUUAAAAAAAAAAAAAAGAUUUGUC